AUGGCCAAGAACAUAGAACAAACGUCCCCUCAAUGUGCGUUUUGCAAAAAACUCCAAGUACAUAACACUAUCCUUUGUUGUAAACAAUGCAAAGCUGUUUAUUAUUGUGACCGGGAAUGUCAAAGGAAACAUUGGCAUGAUCACAAAGCAACAUGUGUUGCCUUGCAAAGCAUUAAUCACAAGGAUAUGAAAGACAAUGCAAACUUGGAAUUCUUUGCAACCCACCUAACUCCAAGUCAACAGAAUAAACUGGUACAGAUAAUUGGUAGAAAAUGCAUAGUAUUGGGGAAAUUACACAAUAAAGAAGUUAAUGUGCUUUGGGACACAGGGGCCCAAGUGUCUUUGGUUUCAGAAAGGUUUUUGACACAAAGUCACCCAAUAAAACAAAUAAGAAGUUUGUCGGAACUUGUCGAGACUGACCUAAAACUCACAGCAGCAAAUGGUAGUGUUAUACCAUAUAUUGGUUGGGUUGAAUUAGCAUUUACCUUGUCUUCAAAGAACACCCAGGUACGAGUGCCAUUUUUGGUUACAACUGAAACAAUUGAGCACCCAAUAAUAGGCUACAAUGUGAUUGAAGAAAUUGUGACAAAUGAACACAAUGAUUUAUUGUCAGAAAUUCAAUCUUCAUUUGUUGGACUUGACAAUGGUGCAGCACAAGCAUUAAUUAACUUUGUUCAAAGUGCUGACAGUGAUUAUUUAUGCAAUGUAAAAACAAGCAAAAGAGACGUUGUUAUACCAAGUGGUAAACAGGUAAACAUUCAGUGUCGAGUUAAUACAGGUCCAAUUUGUGGGACUACCCCAGUUUUAUUCGAACCAGAUGAAACAAUGCCUUGGCCCUCCUGCCUAGAAAUCAACGAGACAUUGCUAACAGUAAAGAAAGGGAAGACUAAUUUUAUCGAAGUGCAGGCAAAUAACCCAACAAAUCAUGAUAUUGUUAUUAAGCGACGGACAGUGUUAGGACGAUUACAACUGGUACGGUCUGUAACCGCAAUACCAGUAAAAUUGAGAGAGGAAACCGUUGAGAAUGGUUCUCAGGUAGACCAAACUUGUAAAGUUAGUGAAUGUUCUGUUCCUUUCACUAAUGAAACCCAGCCCACGGUGGGCAUCCCUGACCACAUCAAGAACAUUGACUUAAAGGGGUUAACACCAGAACAAAGAUCAGUUGCGCUAAGGAUGUUAGCUCAAGAAGCUGACGCAUUUUCACAGAACGAUGAUGACAUUGGGUGUAUCCCAGAUCUGAAAGUAACAAUCAAAUUGAACGAUGAGACACCAGUACAAAAGAAUUACACAGCAGUGCCAAGACCGCUUUAUCCUGAGUUUAAAAGUUAUGUUGAAGAUCUCUUGAAUAAGAACUUCAUCAGGAAGUCAACAUCCCCUUACAGUUCACCUGUAGUAUGUGUCCGGAAAAAGGACCAAACGCUUCGGCUCUGCAUCGACUAUCGAGAACUAAAUAAAAAAGCAUCCCAGAUCGCCACCCUAUACCCAGGAUCCAAGAGACACUUGACAGUCUUGGGGGAAAUUCAUGGUUCUCAGUAUUGGACCAAGGAAAAGCAUACCAUCAAGGGUUUAUGA